AUGAAUAACAGUGAAAAACCAGGACGACAACUGAAUCGUUACAACACUCGUCGUUCCUCUAUUGGUGAAUGCCAUAAACCUUAUGAACACAUGUUGCUUAAAGAACUACCAGGUAACUUUUGGAGAGUAGUGAAGUGUUGGUUUAGGGGCGGACCAUUAUAUAAUUAGGGGGGGAGGGACAGUUGGGCAAUUCAUUCGGGCUUGAUAUUUUCUGUAUGCUCUCGGGAUUGUGAGGGAUUUUUCUUUCCCCCCCAUAAUUUGCUAGCAGGAUAUUUUUGGUGAGUCUAUAUAUAAAUAUGAAGCUUUGCAGGAAUCUUUUUCAGGAGGUACGAUUUUCAGGAGGAUGGUUUUGUACGAUAUCUUUUACGGAGUUCAAGGCUGUGCUCAAAUAUUUUUUUGGUAUUUGUCUAUGGUUAGAAAAUGAGUAUCUUUUGUGAAGUUCCUUUCGCAUUUUCAUUUCAAUUUUAUUCGAUCGUUAUCAGGAGUAAAGCGAUCAAAUGCAGCAAUGCAUGCUGUUCUUGAAAGUGCGUUGGAGGAUAACAUCGAGGAUGGUAUGCACGAAGCACAGAAAGUUCGUAACCACGCUCUGAUUCAUUACCUGGCAUCAUUGGCAAACUCGAACAACAAUGAUGAUAUCUUUGAUUUUGAUUUCGUGGAAUCUUUGAUUGAAAAUGGGGCGGAUGUGAAUAGUACAGACAGAAAUGGGCAAACGAUUUUUCACGAAGUCGCGCGCUCGUGGAAUUUGGAUGUUGCUUUGUUCUUGCUAGAAAAUGGUAAGUACAAUAUAAAAACAUAAAAUUAUUUGAUCACAUAUAAUAUUUUUGAUCACAUAUAUAAUAUUUUGGGUCUAUGUCGGGAACACCAGCCAGGACAAAGAAGUUUUAAAGCUACCCACGUUUUUUUCGGAUUUGGACAUGAAUUUCUGGACAAUAAUUAUUUGUUGAAAAGCAAAUUCCUAACAGCUGCUGCUACGGCAACAAUGACGUUUCAACAUGGCGGACAUUUUUGGUUUAAAGUAAUUUAAUUGAAAAUAAGGUCGGUGACCCCCAUUUUUUAUUUUAUAGCAUGAUUUCUUUUAGUAUGUUGAAUCGUUUUCGUGAUUAAAAAGAGGCGGGGGUGAUAAAUACCAAAUAUUGAACUUUUUUAGAGCCGCUCCAAUCGCGAGACCUUUAUUUUCAAGAUGCCCCCACCUUCACCCAAUAUUUAAUUCGUUACAGUUUUUGGUGUAAAAUAGGUCAUGGGAUACGUACUUGUGUAAGACAUUGUGUAGCCUAAGUAAUUAGAGGACCAGUAUUCAAUUGCAAAAUGGUCGGAAUGAAAUUAUAUUUAACAAUUAUUCGCCGAAUUAAGGCGAGGUGAUUAUCGGUGAAUAAAAACCGAGACGAAGUCGAGGUUUUUAUUCACGAUAAUCACCGAGCCUGAGGUGAAAAAUUGUUUUAGUAUAAUUUCAUAGGUGAUUGUUUGGAAAAAAAUAAAAAAUACACAUUUUUUCGUCAUUUAAGGUGGCUCAAUACAGUUUUUAAAAAAACGAAAAAUUCACGAUUUAGAUGCGUAAUUUUGGACAAUUAUUACUUGUUGAUAAACAAAAUUACCUUAUUAAAUAUAAAACAACAUCUAAAGACUAAAGAGUUUGAAUUUUUGCAUAAAAGUUACGCCACUGCCAUUGCGAUGGCAACAAUGACGUUUCAAGAUGGCGGAUAUUUUGGUUUAAAAGUAAUUUAACUCGUAAACGACAUCGGUGACCCCAAAUUUUAUUUAAAAAAACUAUUUUUUUAAAAAACUAUUUCUUUUAGUAUAAUCAAUUAUUUUGACAAUUGAAAAAAAAGUAUGUGGAGCCAAAAAUUUUUAAAUUACGUAAAGGCGAUUAUUCAUAAUAAUUUUUUUUGGCUCCAUAGAAUUUUUUUAAAUUGUCAAAAUAAUUGAUUUUAGUAAGAGAAAUCAUUUUUUAAAUUAAAAUUGGGGGAUCACCGAUGCCGUUUACGAGUUAAAUUACUUUAAUUAAGCCAAAAUAUCCGCCAUCUUGAAACGUAAUUGUUUCCAUAGCAACGACAGGGGCGUAACUUUUGUGCAAAAAUUCAAACUCUUUAGAUAUUGUUUUAUAUAAGUAAGGUACUUUUUGUUUAUCAACAAGUAAUAAUUGUUCAAAAAUACGCAUCUAAAUCGUGAAUUUUCCAUUUUUUUUUAAACUGUAUUGAGCCACCUUAAUUGACAAAACGACUUCGGCCGCCAUUUUGAAAAUCACUUAAGUGAUUAUCGCGUUAUAAUCACCUCAACGGCAACCAAUCAGCGUAGAGAAUUUUCAAUAAUCGCCUAUGUAAUUAAACUAAAACCAUUUAAUCAUCAACAUAUAUUUCGCAUGAGAUGUUGUCUUUCUAGCAUUUGCAACUAUUAUGUGAUAUACUGGGGGGGCUAGUUAAUGUAUUACACAAGCCAUGGCAAUCUUUGAUUCGGCUCUUCCAGGUGCUGACUUAAACCAGCAAGAUAAAUUUGGACGUUCCCCACUGCAUGUGGCUGCUGCAGUAGACUAUGCCGACAUGGUUCGUUUUCUAGUGAAACAUGGGGCUGAUAUUAAUAUCACAACUUACGGCGAACAACAACUGCCAAUACAUUAUGCAGCAAAGAAUGACGGGUGCAAAUCUCUUAAGAUGUUACUAGGGUACGGAGCAAAUAUUGAUUCCCGUGACAGUAAGAACAGAACGCCACUACAGGUAAUGAAUAUUCUAUCAAUAGAUAUCCAUAUUUAUUUUCUAAAUACCUGUUGCAGUAUUUCGAUAUAUAG